AGUAUGUACGUGUGAGCUGAUAUCCCAUUGUGGUUUGGAUUUGCAUUUCCCUCAUAGGUUAUGAUGUUGAGCAUUUCUUCCUGUAUUUGUUGGCCAUCUGUAUAUCUAUGGGGAACUGUCUGUUGAGUUCCUUUGGCCAUUUCAUAUCUGGAUUGGUUGUGUUUUUCUUGCUGCUAUUUUUUUCUAAGUUGCAGAUGUAUUCUUGAUAUUAAUCCUUUGUCAGAUAGGUAGCUGACAGAUAUCUUCUGCUCAUUCUGUUGUAUGUCUCUUCCAUCUGUGAUGACUUCCUUUGCUGUGCAAAGCUUUUAAUUUCAUUUAAUCCCAUUUGUUUAGUUUUGAUUUUUCUGCUGGUCUUUGAGGGUCUUUUGCAAGGGCCAUUGCCUAUUCCAGUGCCUUCGAGCUUUUCUUUGUAUUACCUUCAAAAAGCUUCAUAGUCUCGGGUUAUAGAUUUAGGUCUCUGAUCCGUUUUGAGUUGAUUUUCCUAUUUUAUGGGAGUUAUGAAUCUAAUUUCGAUGUUCUACACAGAUACAUCCAUUUUUGCCAACAGCAUUUGUUGAAGAGUUUUUCCUUACUCCAAUGGAUAGGUCUGAAUCCUAAAAAUCUGGUGUUGUACAUAUUUGGAUUAAUGUUGGAGCUCACCUUGUUUUCUUCCAUUGGUCUGUGUGUCACUUUUUCUGCAAGUGCUUUGAUAUUUUGUUUAGUGUAGAUUUGUAGAAUACUUUGAAUCAGAUGUUGUGAGGCAUCUAGGCUAAUUUUGUUUUGUCUUUUUUCUCAGGAACACCUUAUCUAUUCUGGAUCUUGUGUGAUUUUGUAUGAAUUUUCGGUUUGUUUUAUGUAAUUCUGUAAAGAAUGUCAUCGGUGUUUGGAUACAAAUUUAAUUGAAUCUUUAGGUAGCUUUAGGUGGGUUAGAGAUUUUAAUUAUACUGAUUCUUCAAAUCCACCAAAAGGGAUAUCUUUCCAUUUUUUGUGUCCUUGGUGAUUUCUUUCAUCAGUGUAUGGCGAUUUUCAUGAUAGAGCUCUUUGGCUUCUUUGGUUACAUUUAGUCUUAAACAUUUGAUUUCUGUUGUUAUUAUCUUUGGGAUUUUUUUGAUUGCUGUGUCAGUGAGUUCAUCAUUAAGGAAUAAACACUGCUGCUUACACAGUAUGCUUAUUUGUAACCUGUGACUUCACUUAAUUGUUUCACCAGUUCUAGCAGCGUGUUUGGUGGAUUGUUUUCAUUUUUUCUCGUACCAUAGCAUGUCACCUGCAAGCAUUUAGAAUUUCAAUUUCUCUUUUAUAAUCUAGGUGCUAUUUCUUUCUUUCUACUCCUUUCUUUCUCUUGUGAAAAUUUACAGUACUGCAUUCUGUCAGAGUGGUAAAAGGGGACAUCCUUGUGUUACAUGUUUGACAAAAAUGCUUUCACUUUUUGCCCAUCCAGCAUGCCAUUGGCUUCGAAUUGUCAUACAUAGCCUUUAUGAUUUUGAUACCUAUUCCUUUUAUACCUACUUUGUGGCGGUUUUUUUUUUUCUUAAUAAUGAAUGGGAUUGAAUCUUUUCAGGUUAUUUUUCUGUAUCUAAUGAGAUGAUAAUGUGUUUUUUUUUAAAAAAAAGCUUUAUUGCAUUUUUGCAAGAAUUACAGAGAGAGAAACAUUGUGAGAACAGGUGAGCAAGAGAGAGAGGGAGAGAGAGAGAGGUGUUAUAGGCUGCAGCGGUAUGGUAGGCUUGGAGAGUGCAGGAGGGAUUUGCUGCAUUUAAGCUUAUGGGACAGAGAUGCCCAGGGCAUCUACCCAGCAGCAUUCUCCCCCCAAAUCUGCAGGUUUGGAGGCACGGGGGGGCAGCAGAUCUAUUGUGAGGAAGCCAAGAAGUGGAUGUCUGUCUACUCUGCUCCCUCCCACAGAGCACGGAUGUGAAACUCACCCAGAGUGGACGCUGAAGCUCAGCUGCCGGGUGUUCUUCCAGUUCUGGAGACUGCACAGCUUCCUGCUCAAUGUCAGCUGGACCUUCUUCCGGGAGAGAAGCAACUGCCGUCGGACAUAUUGCUGGGGAAAGCCAGACAUGAGCCUCCUUCAGCACCGGACACAGCCUAGGAUCCUGCUGGGCUCAGGACCUCCCCUCCCAUCUCUAGUCCCACGAGGAAUGUUUGUUCCCGUUCUCUGCUCGGGGAGCUUUUUCAUGGUGUGGCCUCAUCCUCGACAAAGCUGUGGGACUCAGAGCCAGGCUCUGUGUGGCCCGACGAUCCUGCUGACCCUGGCCUCCUGCAGACCAUGGGCCGCCAUACCCCUGGCCGCAUCUCCAGCUUUUCAAGUGGGAAGAAACCACCCCGCUUCCCAGGACUUGCACUUCUGUGGGCCAUCCUCAGCAAGACAUUUUCAUGGAUAUGAAACUGGACACCGAGUUGACGCUGAAGUUCAGCUGCUGGGUAAUCUUCCAUUUCUGGAGCCUGCUCAUCUUCCUUGUAAAACCCGGCUAGGCCUUCACCCUGGACAGGAGCAACUGGUUCGGAGUCAGCGGCUCAGCCAUGAGGAAGCCGAGAAGUGAUGUCUGCCUCCCCUCCUCCCUCCCAGAGGAUCUGGAUGUGAAACUAACCCAGAGUGGACGCUGAAGCUCAGCUGCCAAGUAAUCUCCCAUUCCCAGAGAG